AUGAGUCAAAAACUCUCCUUGGUGAGUGUAAUCUUGUACUUACAAAAACAACCACUUGCACCUCCGAUUAAAACACCACUACUUCCAUUACCUAUUAUCCAUAUUGAUGAGAUGUCAAUUUUUAUGCACAAACACUUUGUAGAUGAGGGGAGUGAUGGUAAUUGUGAAUUUUGGGGCGUGUUCGGUUUACUUGGUAAAGGAGUGAAGAAUCACACUCUUGUGCGACAAACACUUAUUUCGGAGUUGAUGGUGCAUAGGAAAAUUUACACACAACUAUAUGGGAAAAAGGAAGAAUUCGAUAAAAUUCACAAUGCUCUUGUUCCAUGUGUUAGCGGUCCCAUACCAGUUGUAAAGUGGAUGUGCUUCCCUGAAAUGAGCCAUCUUAUAGCAAUUGCAUAUGACAAGGUGUGUAUCGAUCUGACGAGAUAUGAUUUUUCGGAGACAUUUUUCCCACUUCGGAGUCACCCAUCUCAAGACCCAUCCGGCCGCAUCAUUUGUAUUAGGUAUCUUAGACCGCUCCAUUUUGUUCAGGUUUAUUUGAAACCAGAGUGUCUUAUUCUGGCUACAUCAGUGGAGUGGACGACACAUUUCAGAAAAGAGGCGGAAACUUGGCCGGAUCACUUUUUGGAAAGGAUGACAGAGUUCUCCAAAUUGACGAAGUUUGAGAGAGAUUCAAAUAGGGAGAAGUCGAAGAAAGAACCGUUUUUAGAUUUAAGCAAUGAGAAUUCGUUCUCAAUUACAGAAAUAUUGAGUGUGGCUGAAAGUGAGUCAUUUAGUGCGGAGGGAGGUGAAUUGCAAAUUGGUGCAUCUAAAAAGAAUGACGCUCGUAUUGGUACUUAUUUUUUACCAAGAACAACUCCGGGAGCUCAGCCUACUUUAAAAAGUGUGAUGCAAAGUAAAGAAGUGAUAGAAAAAUGUGAUCUUGCUAUUGCCAAGUGGUUUAUUGAUGCAUCUAUUCCUUUCAAUGCUGCAAAUUCACCAUAUUUUCAACCUGCAAUUGAUGCUCUUUGUUGUAUGGGUGCUGGAUAUAAAGUUCCUACCAUGCAUGCUCUUCGUGGUAAUUUGUUAAAUAAGUGGGUUGAUGACGUGAAGAUACAGAUAGAGCAAUAUCGUUCUAUUUGGAAGGAUACAGGUUGUACUCUUAUGGCAGAUGGGUGGACUGAUCGUUGUAGGAGAACUCUUAUCAACUUUUUAGUUUAUUGCCCAAAAGGAACUGUUUUCAUAAAGUCGGUUGAUGCCUCAGGUGCUUCUAAAACUGCAGAAACACUAUUUAAGCUUUUCAAGGAAGUAGUGUUGUAUGUUGGACCGGAAAAUGUUGUUCAAAUUGUUACAGAUAAUGCUGCGAAUUAUGUUGCUGCUGGGAAGUUGUUGGAAAAGGAGUUUCCUAAGUUGUUUUGGUCUCCUUGUGCAGCACACUGUAUUAAUUUGAUGUUGCAAGACAUGGGCAAAUUGGAGGAAGUAAGUGAGGCAGUGUCACAUGCUUCAAAAAUUACCAAAUACAUAUAUAAUCAUUGUUUUGCAUUGUAUUUAAUGAGACAAAAUACAGGUGGAAAAGAAAUACUCCGUCCUGCUCCAACCCGCUUUGCUACUAAUUUCAUUGCAUUGCAAAGUAUUCUAUCUCAUAAAGAUGCACUAAGAGCCAUGGUAACAUCCAAAGAGUGGACAACCACAGCUUAUUCCAAAGAUGUCAAGGCAAAGCAAUUUGUGGAACAAGUCUUAGACUCAAGCUUUUGGUCUAAAUGUGCUGACAUAGUGAAAAUUACAGAACCUCUUGUACGUGUGUUGCGUAUUGUUGAUAGUGAAGAUAAGCCGGCUAUGGGAUAUCUCUAUCGAGCUAUGUAUAAAGCAAGAGAGGAGAUUGAGAAGAGGUUUAGAAGAAAUAAGUUGAAAGUAGAGCCUUAUUUGAAGAUCUUGGAUAACCGUUGGGAUGCACAACUUCGGAAAAAUCUCCAUGCUGCUGGUUAUUGGUUAAAUCCAUCUUGUAGAUUUGGUCCGGAAUAUGAAAAAAACAAGUCCACCACCCAAGGCCUUUUGGAUGUCAUUGAAAAGUAUGCUUAUGAUAGUAAGGACUUGCGAUCUAAAUUAACUGCUGAGAUGACUUCAUUCAAAAAUUGUGAAGAUCAAUGGUGGGACACUUAUGGAACCGAAGCGCCGAAUUUGCAAAAGCUGGCUAUUCGGAUUUUGAGUCAAACUUGUAGUGCAUCUGGUUGUGAACGAAAUUGGAGUGUGUUUGAACACAUUCAUUCAAAAAAGAGAAAUAGGUUGGAGCAUCAAAAGCUUAACGAUCUCGUUUAUGUUCGUUACAAUUUACGGCUACAAAAUAGAACCAAGAAGAAACAAAAUUAUGAUCCUAUUAAUUUUGAAACACUUGGUGAUCAUUCUAAUUGGGUGUUGGAGGAUUCACCACCAUUCUUGACCAUUGAGGAGGUGGAAGCACUAUGCAAAGAUCUUGCUAGUAUGACAAUCCAACCUAUUUCAAAUGAUAUUGAUGAACUAAAUUUUGAUGAGGUUGAUGUUGAGGGAGAUGCAUCACUUAACUCCGGAGAAAACAAUCAAAGUAAUAAUAUCAUUGACGGGGAAGAUGUUGCAAAUGCGAUUGAUUUUGGCGGAGAUGGCUUUGAUAUUGAAGGAGAUCCCAACAUUGAGAUAAUUUUACCUCCUUGGAACUAA